AUGGGAAGAUUAUUUACUCUUAAUGGAGUGGAAGCUUCGAAAUCCAAAGAUCUAAUCCAAGGUAAAUGUUUCACAAGUGGGAAUCCCUUACUUGUGCUAUUCGAUUCUGAUGUGAUCCAUUCAUUUACAUCUUCCUCGUGUGUGGAGAAACUUAAGUUUUUUGUGUCUUCGUUCAAUGGUGAUCUUGUGGUAAAGACCCCAACUAGUGGUUAUGUGUUAACUUCUGAUGUGUGUUUAAAUUGUCCUGUAGAGAUUUUUGGUAGAAAACUCUUGAUUGAUCAUAUUGGUUUACCUCUAACCCAAAUUGAUGUUAUUCUGGGUAUGGGUUGGUUAUCUUCCAACCAUGUCUUAUUAAACUAUUUUGAUAAAAUUGUGGUGCUUGGUGAUUCUGAAGUGAGUAGGGAUAGGAUGUUCAUCUCUGUCAACCAAGUUGUGACAUCUUUGAAAGAAUAUUCCCAAGUGUACAUGAUCCUGUGUAACCUAGAAUUAAAGACCAAGGUUUCCAUCAGUGACCUCCUAGUUGUUAGAGAGUUUCCUGAGGAUAUAUCUGAUUUACUACCUAAGAGAGAGAGAUAG